GCUACUUCAACUCUGCAUGACAUUUUCACAACUUUACCAGGCAUUUAAGCUCCUGCACAUACCACUUCCUUGGAAGCUCUGUCGUGAAUUCGAGUCUCGCUCUCAUCGAUCUAUACUUAUGCUCAAGUAGAUUUCAAUUUUGAAGUUUAAUUUGUUGCUCAAGUUAUUUUUCAAUUUUGAGUUUUAAAUUGUUGCUCAAGUAAUUUUCAAUUUUGGGUUUUCCAUCGAGUAGUUUUUAAAUUUGUCCAAGUUGCAGAGGAUUAUAAACUAGAAUCUGCUCUAGCUUUUUUGCAAAGGAAGGAGAAAAAAUGGUUCUGCCGCUGAGGCCAAGCAAGUUCUAUGGCAGGAGCCUCCCGAGGCCCAGGGUGUACAAUGAUCUAAAGUUCAACUCAGAGAGAGUCGAUCCGCCAAUGGGAGUGACGACCCCAUUGUUGUCAUGGGCCAAGGACGCCCGCUGGUCCGUGGGGGGUCUUUCCUAUGAGAGGAAGCGCAUGGCGGGCAAAAUUGAGGGCAGCAAAAAAAGGCUCAUAGAUGAGCCCGAAAAUGGUACCGCAAAACAGAUCAGAGAUACCAAGAAGAGGAAAAUGAUGCAGGAGGAACCAGAGCAAGGUGAGAAAGGAGGAAACACUAAAUCAAAGCUCUUCAGUAGCCCUAAAUUAAAGGUCUUCAAUAGCCCUAGGCCUGCGCAGAUCUUCAAGCCCAAAUGGGCUACUGAAGAGGACAAUGGGGAUGGUCCCUUGGUUGUGCCAGACUCCAUAAAGAGGCCCGCAAAGAAGCGUUCGCCCAAAGUUCGAAUCCAAGCGAGGAAUUUGGGCGAUUUUUCUGAGGCGGAUACUAAAGGAGCCCAUUUUACAAAAGGAAUCUCUUCCAUUGUCGGUCAGAAGCGCCCGAGAGGUCAAUCUGCGGCUCAAUGUGCUUUGAAAAGACAGGCUAUGGGGAUAACUCAAGUAUAUGAUUAUGUUUCAGUGCCGGAUAAGAUCAUGCAAAUGCCUGUGAAGAGAGUUUCGCCAAGAAGAAGAGGAAAAGAGAACAAGGAAGGAGCUGAUUCUGGUUCGCCUGCGGGGUUCGAACCUCGGUCUCCUGCUUCAAUCGAGCGUCCUAACAGGCGUAGCAGCCGUGCUUUGUCCUACAGUCCUGGACCCUUUUCUAGGGGUAUCAAGAGGGUUAUCUUAUCUCCGUAGUGGACUGUAAGUUGGGGGUUUUGAAUUUCCAUUGAAGAGAACUUGUACCAGUAAUACAGUUUUUCUGAAUGUCUUGUGAAAUAAAACCUCAUUGCUGGAUUUAAGCUAGUGAAAAUGGUGAUCUGUUCUGUUCUGUUCUGUUCAGAAAUAAGGGUUUUAGGAAUUUUUUAGGGUUUCAAGUCCCUGAUCUCUUCUGUUCCUAUUUUAGAAGCAUUAGAAUUGAAACCCAUUUAACAAAUAAGUGUGUCGUGUCAUUGUUUUUUCUGGGUUUGAUUUUUAGCUAGUUAAGAUGCAACAGCUCUGUAUAAUAGCUCUCACCAGAGUUUCAGUCGGCUAAAUAUUUGCAUUUCUCGAUUACAAAAAUCUAUUACAUGAUUUCUUACAAUUGUAAAUCGGGUUAAUGUACUGUUUUAUUCAUUAAAUUGAAUAUGGAAAUAUAGUUCUCUGAUUUUUUACAAUA